GUCGUUUAGUAACAACUUGUAGUCUUGUACACACCAACCAAACCAUUUCCUAUUUAUUUUUCACAAAACGAAAAAAAAAAAAAUCCAAAUUCGAGAAAGAAGAGUCCAACACAAACUCGGAGACGAAGAAGAAGGAGAGAAGAAAACCAUUAAGCCAUUCCUUCUUCCGUAUCACUCUGUCACCUUCAAAAUCCUAAACCAUAAUUUUUCCGAAUUCGUUGUGGAAGAGACUGCUUGAGUGAGUCAGAGGUGGGUUUACGUGAGGUAUUGCUGACAAUGGCGUCUCUGGGUCUAUCCUUUCCUCCCGCCGCAAAAACGCCGACGUAUCUAGCCUCUUCGUCUUCAACUUUCUUCUCUAACUCUUCUCUAUCCGUCAGAACCUCUCAGUUUCGCUCCCGAAACUCUGUCUUCGCUUGUGUUGUAAGCGGUGUUCAUGAAUCUAUAGAAUUGCUUAUUCUGCAUUUUUGAAUGUUGAUCCUUCCUUUCUUAUUACGUUUCCGGAUUUGAGGUUCCUAGAUUGAGUGGACCCUAAUAGCCAUCUUGUCAAGUUUGUAGUUCUGAGAUUUUUAUUGGCGCAUGAGCUGAAAAGCUCGUCUCUUUCGUUUGAAUAUUGUUUGUUUAUGCGAAUAUAGCUACAUAAAGGUUGUCUCUUUCUUCAGAAUACAUUUGUUUGAAACUAUCCAGGAACAGAAAUUGAGACCUAUAUGAUUAUAUGAAUCUCUGAUUGAGUCUUGUUGUUGUUGUUGCUAGAAAUGUGAUAUGCCGGAGUCAUUGAAUGUGGGAAACGGGAAUCCAAGUAUCCCAAUUAUUAAUGAGAGGACACUUCCAAAGUUCUUGGAAUCUGCUCGUAUGGAGAAAUCAGUCAAUAGAACCAAUACAAGGUUGAAGUUGUUCUCUGGUACUGCAAAUCCAGCACUUGCUCAGGAAAUUGCUUGGUAUAUGGGCUUGGAUCUUGGCAAGGUUAAUAUUAAGAGGUUUGCUGAUGGAGAGAUCUAUGUUCAGCUACAAGAGAGCGUUAGGGGAUGUGACGUCUAUUUGGUGCAGCCUACUUGCACUCCCACUAAUGAGAAUCUCAUGGAGCUUUUGAUUAUGGUAGAUGCUUGCCGAAGAGCAUCAGCUAAGAAAGUUACAGCUGUGAUUCCGUAUUUUGGAUAUGCAAGAGCUGACAGGAAGACACAAGGGCGUGAAUCCAUUGCUGCCAAAUUGGUUGCAAAUCUUAUCACUGAAGCUGGUGCAGAUCGAGUUCUUGCUUGUGAUCUUCAUUCAGGACAGUCGAUGGGUUAUUUUGACAUUCCAGUCGACCAUGUGUACUGCCAGCCGGUGAUACUUGAUUAUCUUGCUAGCAAGUCAAUUCCCUCAGAGGAUUUGGUAGUGGUUUCUCCUGAUGUUGGUGGAGUAGCCAGGGCCCGCGCUUUUGCAAAGAAAUUAUCAGAUGCACCACUUGCCAUUGUCGAUAAAAGGCGUUCUGGACACAAUGUUGCUGAGGUCAUGAACCUAAUUGGUGAUGUAAGAGGGAAGGUGGCAAUAAUGGUGGAUGAUAUGAUUGAUACUGCUGGAACCAUUGUAAAAGGAGCAGCUUUGUUACACCAGGAAGGUGCUCGGGAGGUAUAUGCGUGCUGCACACACGCUGUUUUCAGCCCGCCAGCGAUAGAGCGAUUAUCAGGGGGUUUGCUGCAAGAAGUGAUAGUGACAAACACAUUACCUGUAGCAGAGAAGAAUUACUUCCCGCAGUUAACAAUAUUAUCAGUGGCUAAUCUCCUGGGUGAGACCAUUUGGCGUGUGCAUGAUGAUAGUUCCGUCAGUAGCAUUUUCCUUUGACCUUUCUCAUUGCAACCAACAAUUUGAACGAUUCUUGGUUUGUUAGUCGGUUUAGAAAGUUUAUCCCGGUUCAUGUUCUAACCGGAAAGCUUCAACAAAAUUUGCUUGCAUUGUCUUUUGAUACAGCUUAGGUUUUUCUUAUUUGCUCCACAUCUCAAAAUUAUGGAUGCACAAAUGGUGUUGAACCGAUUUUUUAUUAUGGUGUACACAAGUUUUUAACUUAAUAUAUAGAACAUCUUGUAUCGUAUCUACAUUUAACAUGGUGCAAAUUGG